UAUGAAACAAACACAUCAAUCUCAACAAUUUGCAGAGAAUUGAUAUAUUCGGCGUAGCAUAUCAUAUUCUUUGACAGUUGUACUUUUUCUAUUAGACCAAGUGCGUGUUUAAUAAAUUUAUAAUAAUUCAAUAAGUGUUUAAUUAUUACAUCUUAUAAAUUUACGUGCUCUGUACCUAUAGUUUUAUUUUCCUGUACUCGGCCUACUUCUCAAAACUGUAAUCUGAAGCUGGGAUAUAAGAUUCCAAAAACUACUUUAAAUGAAGACAAAAUCAAACAUUUCAAAAUCUUUUUUAAUUUUGUAAUCAACUUGAUCACAUUAUACAAUACCAUGCAGAUUGUAUAUCACUCAAAUUUCAGUUCAAUAACCUACCGUCUAUAAAAUGCAACAAAUCAAGGCAAGCUCAUAAUUGAUAUUUUGGUAUUUAAAUUGUAUAUAUUUUAUUGUAAUUCUGUAUAAUUUCUGUUAAUUUUUAACUGUGUAGAUAUUAACUAGAAAUACAUUUAAGAUUAAAAAUAACAAGUGAAAAUAAAUUUUAAAUUCUUAUUUAAAUUCUAAACUAGGUAAAUAGCAUCAAUAUUACUUUAAGCAAUUACAAUUUGAUAACUUCCCCACAAUUUUCUAGAAUUAUUGUAUUGUAAAAUAAUUUAGGCUUAGCUGUUAUAAUCUAUAGUAGUGAAUAAGUUACCUAUAUACCUAAACAUGUUUCAGUUUAAAAUUAUUCUAUUAAUUACUUGUUUGGAAGUAUAUUGUGGUUUGGCUUAUGAAUGUCCUAAAUCUGUUCCAUAUUCAACAAUACCAAGAUUAUCAAGAGUUAGUUUACCUAUAUCAAAUGCGCUCAUCCAUUUUAAAGUCGAAAACGAAUUUCUAAUAGAUUCUAAUGGUAGGACAAGAUAUGUUUGCGUGGAAAUUACGCCAGAAAUAUACACCUUACGGAACAAGACAAUAAAUAACGAUAACGAUAUACAUGUCCAAACCGGAGGAGAUUAUAAGGAACACAUAAUAGCGCAUUCCCUAGGAGGAUCAAAUGAUUCUCUGAAUGUAUUUUCACUUAACCAUAAUUGUAAGUCGAAGCUACUUAACAUUAGUGUCGAGCAACAACUUGCUGAAUUACUUACUGAACACUCGCGAAUAACAUAUGUAGCUGAACUUGAAUACACAUAUAACGUGACUGAUGUGCGGCCAACACGCAUAAACGCAAUGUACAUGGACGAAAAUGAAAAUAUCCUAGGAUCUGUGAGUAUGAUAAAUUCACCACCAAACACACCCUGUGAAACAAUAGAUCUAGAAAUCCACCCAAAAAGUAAAAGGUCUUUGACCGAGAGUACUACACAUCCUGCAGAGAAUUCGACACAUCCAGAAAGUUCUACAAAACCUAUAAAUUGCAUGGAUGGAUGUAGAAGGACCGAGUGUUGGCCAGUAGUUGGAGAUCGUGAUAAGAGAUGCAGGAAUCAUUUUCAUUCUGUGCAUGCUAAUACACUUUGUAUUGGUGAUUGGUGCUAUUGCUGUUCUUACUAUUAAAAAAAAAAUUGUUUAUGAUUCAUAUAGUGAAUAUAUUUUUCGUAAUAGGUUUAAUGACCUUUAAUAAAGAUAACCACACAUUAUAUAUUUAUAUAUUAUUAUUAAGUAAUUAAAUAAAUAAUAAUACCGAGUAACUUAUACCAAUUAUUAUAUCUAUUAUAUUAUACCUAUACUCAUCUGAAUUCAAAAUGUUAUCAUAUUGUAAUUUGCAUUGUACCUAAAUGCAAAUAUUGAAAUAUGAUAUAUCUUUUUACAUUUGUAUGUUAUAGUUAAAUGUAUUAGUAGGAAUGUUAUAUUUAUGUAAUUUGUGAAUCUUUUUUUACCAUGAUAAAAUAAUGUACAUAAUCGUCUAUUCAAAUAUUAUCUUCAUAUAAUCAUAUUGUAUUUUAUUUAAAUGCCUACGCAGAAUAUUAACACUGUGUUUCGAUUAAUAAAUGUAUGAUAAUUUUGUCAUUUUUAA